GAGGGGGAGCCAUGCAUUGCACCAUGGUUUUCUGAGGAAGAAGCAUAACACAAUCUCCCCACCACCACCUACACACACAGAUGACGAAUCUCAGUUCUCAAGUUGGAGUACUGAGGAGAGGCGUCAUCAACUCCCUAGUCGCCUUCUCUAUCAUUGUCAGCUUCAUCAUCUUGUUCUACAAAGGCCAGGAAGUACAUGUGGCAAUCGGGGUCAAGCAUGAACACCAAGAACUUCAGGCCAAGAUGGCAGCUGAGCACCAUGAACAACUGAGAGGGAAGCUCCCAGUCCCAGACGCUGGCCAGGAGGAGUGCAAUUGGUCCACAGGACAGUGGGUCUAUGACAACGUGUCCCGGCCAUUGUACUCUGGACUCAAGUGCACCUUCAUGUUCCCUGAGGUUGCUUGUGACAAAUAUGGCAGGAAGGAUGUCAUGUACCAACAGUGGAGAUGGCAGCCUCAUGGUCAUGGAUGCGAUCUUCCAAGAUUUGAUGCCAUCAGGCUACUUGAAAAGCUGAAGAACAAGAGGUUGGUGUUCGUGGGUGACUCUCUCAAUAGGAACCAAUGGGUUUCCUUGGUGUGCAUGGUGGAGGCCUCUAUACCUGACGCUAGGCACAAGAUGCACAGCAUCAAUGGCUCACUCCUGUCCUUCAAGGCAUUGGAAUACAAUGCAACCAUAGACUUCUACUGGUCGCCACUGCUGUUGGAGUCCAAUGGCGACAGCCCUACCGUCCAAUGGUUGGAGUACAAGAUCAUACGGGCAGACAGGAUUGAGAAGCAUGCUAGCGCUUGGAGAGAUGCUGACAUCAUAAUCUUCAAUUCUUAUGUGUGGUGGAGGAAGCAUAAGGCUGACAUGAGGAUGAAGGUUAUGUAUGGUUCAUUUGAGGAUGGUGAUGCAAGGUUAAACGAAGUGGAAAUGAUAGAUGGUUUUGAGAUAGCUCUCAAGAAACUGACUAAAUGGCUCGGAGAGAAUAUUGACAAGAACAAAACUAGAAUCUUCUUUGCAGGAUCAUCACCUACACAUUCAUGGGCUAGCAACUGGGGUGGAGAAGACAGCAACAAAUGUCUUAAUGAGACAGAACCGAUCUACAAAGACGGAUACAAAGGGGCAGAUUACAGUAUGAUGGAGAAGGCUAAGUUAUAUUUUGGGACGCUGGAGGAGAAGGGCAUACACAUUCAGAUACUGAACAUCACGGAGUUGUCUGAGUACCGUAAGGAUGGGCACCCAACGGUGUUUAGGAAACAGUUUCACCCUCUAACGAAAGAACAGAUCAUGAACCCAGCGAGUUAUGCAGAUUGCAUUCAUUGGUGCCUCCCCGGUGUUCCUGAUGUCUGGAACGAGUUUCUGUAUGGCUACCUCAUGUACAAAUGACAUAUAAUGUCAGAGUAUGCAUUGCCUAUUAUUAUGUACAAAUGGCAUACUGUGUUACAGACUCAGUAUGUACUGUAUAUACCUUAUAUAGAUGGAAAACAUCUAUAUAAGUCAUCCUCCCCAUUCAGUCUAGACCCACCUGUGCCCAUUCCAAACGAAAACAUCACAGCAACCAUCUGAACAUUCAUGUGGUCUCCCCCCCCAGACAAUGGAGGAUGUAUCCCCAAGCACAAGUCUGACCUAUUUCCGGAGACACUCCAUCGAUCAGCAUAUUUUUGUCAUGAGCAAAUCAGAGGUUGCAAUAAAUAUGUUCUUAUGGACUGGCUCCGGCUGUCAACGUUCUGUAAAUGUAAUCAGUCAAAGCAUUCAACAAGUAAUCAAUCUAGCAAAACUCUAUAGGCUAUCUCCAACAAGCGAAACCCUUCAGAAGACCUAUUUUAUCAUUUGGGUCACGCAACAUAAAAGAGUCACGCACCCAAAUUCUCCGGUCUCCAACAGCCAACGCAAAAGAAGAGGACCUUGCAUCGACACCCAGCCCCUUUCUCUGACCUCGACGUUCGUACAGAUGGCCCUGACGACGGCGACGGCGACCCGAGCGCACAACCACCACGGGGGAGAGGACUAGCUGCCGUGGGCAUAUGGAGGAGGGAGACGACGAGUCGACGACCGGCCGUCAGGCUUCAGCCAGGCGGCGUCGGUGGAUUCAACAGCAUGGGAGCCGACGGAUCCAUGUUGCGGCUGCCCAUUCGGCCAUGCCCGGCAGGCCGGCACGGUCCUCGCGCUAGAGAGAAAGCUGGACGGGCCUUUUGGCGAUGUGCGUACAGAGGAGCAGAAGCUGAUGGUCGGUCCAGCAAGGUGCCGCCGGGGCUGGUCGUCUGGCGUCCAGGCCUUCCCAGUCGAUCUCCAUCCCGCCUCUAGCAGCACGCAUGCAGCCACGGCCGGCGGACGGCGGCCAGGCCUUCCCAGCCGCACCCAUUGUUUGUGCUGCUACCUGAUGGAUCGAUGUCAGAGAUUUGGGUUUGAGGAGAGAGGCGACGCAUAUUUGGGUCAUGCAUCGCAUACCACCCAAAAUAGGUCCCUUGUUUGCGUUGUCUGUUGGACUGCGUUUCUUUACCGAUAAAGCCAUCUGGAGGAGGCA